AUGCCACGGUCCGACGAUGUUAUCAGAAAAGUGACCACCACCAGAGCCAAAUAUAGUGUCAGCCGUCGAGGCUGUAAGACAUGCAAGCAGCGUCGGAUUCGAUGCGACCAGGACAGCCCAAACUGCCGCAAUUGCACCUCUACAGGUCGCAAAUGCGACGGAGUUGACAAAGCCAAUUUCAUCUUCGUGAACGGCAAUACUCCAAAGCAAAGUCGCAGCACCACGCCGAGCGUGAGCCCGCCGCCCUCGACUUUGGCCUUGAGCCCAUCAAAAGGACAGACGGAGCUCAGAUCAUUCCAUGUCUUCCACCACGCUGCUGGCCCGCUAUUCGCGGCCAACAAUCUGGACGAUGCAUUCUGGCAACAGCUCGUACCAGCCGCUGCUCAGCGGUUCGAGUUCGUGUGGGAUGCCUCCAUCGCGAUUGGUCACCUCUUCGAGUAUCAGAUGAAGAAUCCUGGCACUGAAUAUGGAAAAAAGUUACAGACGACGCCAACCCACGUCCAGGCUCUGAAGUACUACUCACGUGCUGUCAGUCGCUCUCAACAGGUCAUUGAGCAAGGCCAUGCUCAGACUCUGCUAGCCCUCUUGUCAUGUUCCCUGUUCGCCAGCUAUGAGUUCCAGCACGGCAAUACCCUAGCAGGAGGCGUUCUUCUCGAGCACUCGCAGAGUCUCUUUCGAGCAUGCGUGUCACCCGAGGCACUUGCCAGGCGGAGUUCAUCACUGAUUGAGUCACUCGUAGAUGCUCUCAUUCCAUUUCACAGCAAAGUCGCGUUGGCUAUCGCUCCGCUUGGACUCCCGCAUAUGUUUCGCUCUAUGGAUGAGAAUGCACUGGCAGGUCACUCGACACCAGUGUCACCGGCUAAGGAUAACCCACCGUCACUAAAGGCAUAUAGUCAGGAGCUGUACAAUCUGCUGUGCCGUACUCAUACGAUCGUUCGCUCAGUCAAUCUCGUGAAACACCGAGCAGAAGAGACCAAGCGUAUGAAGUUGCUGAGCAGUCAUUUGCUUAGCCAUCUUGACGACUGGCUCAUUCGCUUCUCUGCUUUCAAAAUACUCGGCCACAAUGACGCUUCUACCAUCGCCAGAUCCGACGACAACCACGAGCUCAUCCAACGUGCCUACCUGCUAGCCUACUUCCGCAUCGCGCAUAUCUCGAUUCUCACCUGCCACUCUCUCACCGAGACUGACUAUGACGAGCACAUCGAUGGCUUUCAAGCCAUCAUCGAGCAUGCAACCACCCUGGCAUCGACUACCGCAGAUGUUUCCUACGUGCUCUCCACGUUCCCGCCCUUCGUGUUCGGUAUUGGCCCACCACUCUUCUUCACGGCUACUCGCUGCCGGCAUCCAAGCAUACGGCGCCAUGCUUUGCGCCUGCUCAAGGCGAUCCCGCCGCCUAGUGUAGAGACGCACUGGUCGUUCUUGCCCGUUGCGACGAUUGCGGAGGCUAUUGUGGCGUAUGAGGAAGGCACAUUUGGCUCAACCAUCGAUGAUCUGCCGACCAAGAAGGGAUCCGUUACUACCCCGUUGAACAUCCUUGAAACGAAUACAGCGCAAGCGGUACAGCUGCCGCCAGAACACCGCCGCGUCCAUCACGCCCAACUCAUCAUCCGCCGCCAACAACGGCCCGCACAGAAUAGCAGCAGCAGCAGCAGUAGUAGUCAGAGGGAGCUGGCACUGCGAUUCAUCACAUAUAACACGAUCGAACACGCUUUCGAACAGGGAGACGAACAUGAUCAAAGAAUUGUUGACGUGGAGAAUGAGGAGUGGCAGAGGAAGCUCAGACACAAACAAGAGACGGAACAGCGGCACUGGGACGCCGUGGAGGCCAACAUGAAAGGGAAGGCGACAAAUGCAAAGAGGUCGAUGCAGACCGUGGACUGGGAUCUGCCACCUGAGAUCGCGGGCGGGCUUUGUAGGAGGUAA